UUUUUCGUGGCGCCUCGGAGGCGGUCGGCCGCUUGAGGAUGAAGGUAGAAACUGCUGAAGAGUGUUGGGCCAGGCUUGAAGAACGUGGGUCGAACUCCCGGACACAACGUUGCCGGAGUCUUAGCUCUUCAAAAUUCUGGGUCUAGAUAGAGAAGGGUCUGAGGAAGGAGAAGGAUCGCUUUUCUGGUGCUGGAGCUCUUUGGGAGAGCGGAUGGCGAGCGAUUGCAGCUGGAGCUGUGCCGGGCUCGAGGAGCGCCAUGGUGGCGUCCUGCCGCCAAGCCAGGAUAGAGACGGCGCUGCUGCCCUAUUGGCGGCGUGUAGGUCGGCCUCCUUGCUCUGAGAGAGCGAACGGCUGCGGAGCCGCUUUCCCCCGGGCUUCUUUUCGCUAGGCCUAAAAAAUGUGUCCUGUUUUUAGUACGGUGUUACGGUGAUUAUGCACACACGUGCUUUAGUGAGUAAAAUUGUUGAACAUCUCUUUCCCGGCCACUGGCUGCCAAAAACUCAUUGAAGUGGACGAUGAGCGAAAACUUCGUACAUUUUAUGAGAAACGCAUGGCCACAGAAGUUGCUGCUGACGCUCUGGGUGAAGAAUGGAAGGGUUAUGUGGUCCGAAUCAGUGGUGGGAACGACAAACAAGGAUUCCCCAUGAAGCAGGGUGUCUUGACCCAUGGCCGAGUCCGCCUGCUACUGAGUAAGGGGCAUUCCUGUUACAGACCAAGGAGGACUGGAGAAAGAAAGCGCAAAUCAGUUCGGGGUUGCAUUGUGGAUGCCAAUCUAAGUGUUCUCAAUUUGGUCAUCGUAAAAAAAGGGGAGAAGGAUAUUCCUGGACUCACCGAUACCACUGUGCCUCGCCGCCUGGGGCCUAAAAGAGCUAGCAGGAUCCGCAAACUUUUCAAUCUCUCUAAGGAAGACGAUGUCCGUCAGUAUGUAGUGAGAAAGCCCCUAAACAAAGAAGGAAAGAAACCUAGGACCAAAGCACCCAAGAUUCAGCGUCUUGUUACUCCACGUGUUCUGCAACACAAACGUCGCCGUAUUGCUCUGAAGAAACAACGUACCAAGAAAAAUAAGGAAGAGGCUGCAGAAUAUGCUAAACUUUUGGCCAAGAGAAUGAAGGAGGCCAAAGAAAAACGUCAGGAACAGAUUGCCAAGAGACGGAGGCUAUCCUCUCUGAGAGCAUCUACCUCUAAGUCUGAGUCCAGUCAAAAAUGAGAUGUUUUGAGAAUAACCAAUAAAUAACAUCAAAUCUUCCA